AAAUUCGGGGUCACAUGGGUUUGAGUUGCUGAUUGGCUCACGUCAAGGUCGCUUUUAACUCCAUCGGCCUGCGGCUAAGCUGCUAGUUAAUCUUUAAAGUUCUAUCACUGUCAUGCUGAUGGAGGAUUCAAGUUUUGAAGAUGAGUCUAGUGAUGAACAUGAUGGUUAUGAUCCUGUUCGCAGCCGGAUUGUGGAUAAUCAAAAUGUAUCAUAUAGACCUAGAUAUGUUCCUUCUGAAGCUGAUGAAAAUUCGGGCUCUGACGAUCUAAGUGAUGAUCUGGAAGAUCACUUAUCUUAUUCUCAUAAUCCUCCACGUUCUCCAGUUGAUUCUUCGAGUGAGCAUUCGAUCGUUAAAUCUGAACAAAAUCAUUUUUCGGAGAAUCUGGAUUACGAUAAGGAAUAUCACGUUGAACCUGUUGUAGAUGUCACUACCCCAGGUUAUGCUCCAAGUCAAGCUUUAACUCCCGAAUCCAGUCCUGCCCUGAGUUAUUCCGGAAGUGAACAUGCAUCAGAUGUAAAUGUGACUACGAAAACGGAUCCAAAUAUUUCUAGUGAAGUGCAUCAGGAAGACGAAGUCGAACACGAGAGCAACGAUGACUCAGAGUCUGUAAGCGAAAAAGAUCAGGAAGAUUUUCAUCAACAGGAAAUCGAUGAAACUCCUCAAGUGAAUUCUGUAGAGAAAUAUCCCACAACCAAGCAUAAUUCUCCUAUCGAAUCACUCCAGUAUAAUAAUUUCCCUGACAUUUUUGAAGAUCAUGAUGAUGAUCAAGAUCAAGGUAAAUUCAAUGAAGACUUCGAAGGUUUUGAGAGAGACGAACAACCAGAAUCUCAAGUGGAUGGUAUCAUAGCAGAUAUAUUUGGCGAAAGUGAUGCAGAAGAAGAAUUUGAAGGCUUCGCCGAAAAUGAACUGGACAAAGGUAUUGAAGAGGAGGUUGAAGUUCAAACAUCUAGUGAGUUAGUGACAAAAAAAGGUCCCCUUACGACAGCUGGAGAAAACGAAGAGGAUGAAGAGUCUGAACAUGAUGAUGAGUUCGUUUCCGACUUCGACCGGAUAAUGGAAAAAAAGAAAGAAGAAUCACGACGAAGACGUAGACGUAAUAGGGAUAUUGAAUUCCUUAAUGAUAGUGAUGAUUUGAUUGUUGAAACCAUUUCUCGAAUGAAAAGUGCUGCCGAUGAAGACAGACAGUUACUUACAGCUAGUCGACCAGCGACCAAGAAACUGAACAUGCUCAAAGAAGUACUAGCUAUUCUUAGGCGAGCUGACCUGAAAUCCGCCUUAAUAGAAAAUGGGAUGCUUUCCGCUAUAACUGAGUGGCUGUCCCCUUUACCUGGCCAUACACUCCCGAAUCUCGUUAUUCGUGACUCUAUGUUGACUAGCCUCAGUGAGUUCCAGUCACUGUCAUCUGAAGUUCUUCAAGAAUCCGGUAUCGGGAAAGCUUUGAUGUAUUUGUACAAACACCCGAGAGAAACUCGAGAAAACAAGGAUAGAGCUGGAAGACUUAUUAAUGAAUGGCUCCGACCCAUAUUCAACUUGACUAGUGACUAUCGAACUCUCACUAAGGAGGAACGUAAACAGCUAGAUUAUGAACAUUUACCUAAGCGGAGAAACAUCGACAACGAGGCCUACAACCAUCGUGACAUUAACCGUGAAUUGGAUGGUGAAGCUAAAGGACUUUUGAGACCUGGCGAUCCUGGAUGGGUUAAUAGGGCUCGAGUUCCUCAACCGUCAAAUAAAGAUUAUAUUAUCCGACCAAAAUGGCGUGUUCGCGAGAAUGCUACUGGGGAUGAUAAUGAUGAAGAGGGAAAUGAUGAUCAGACAGAACAAUCUCAGUCACUUUCUCGAAAGCAUCGAAAAACACGAACAUCCGGUUUUGGAGCUACAUCACGAAUCGAAAGUCAUAUUCGAAAUUUAAGUAAUAGUGCUCGUAAAAGUCAUGCCAAAGCUGCUCGUGCAGUUCCAAUGAGUAUUGAAGGUCGUAAUAUGUCAUUGUGAUUAGUAUUUACUGUCAAAUGUUCUUAUUUUAAUUAUCAACUUCCUUUAAUUAUUCUACAUCUUACUGUACAGUAUAUUUUGCGUUUCUUUUGCUUACUUGUCUCAUGAUAUAAAAAUUUGAGCUAGUUUACGUUUGUAUAUUAUGUUAUGAAAUAAGCUGAAAAUACCAUGUUCAUUGUUUUUAUUUUCAAAUAUUUUCCCAAUAUGAACAUUGGAAAUAUAGAGAAAUACUGUUUUCUUUACAAAACACUACAUAUUUCCCAUAUGGGAUUCAUGAAUUUAUUAUUGUAUAUUGGUGUAUAUUCAGUUGCAGGCGAUACAAAGUGUUUGAUCGUUUUUUUUUCAUAUUUUUUAAUUUUAUUCUGUCGUACAAUUAAAGCUUUUCUAGGCAUCGUCAUUUCAAACUUAAUUUGUGUCCAAAACCUAUAUGCACUACGUAAGAAGGAUUGAUUAAUUCACUGAUAAUUAUAAUAUCACUUGUCAGUGUCCCCAUUAUAUAAAAUUAAUUAAUUAAAUCUAUUCACAUAUGAUGGUAAACAUUUUUUGAAGAUACCUUUGGUAAAGACAAUCUUUUUAAUAAACGGAAUACACCUAUUAAGACAUUAAUUAAGAAAGAUUAGUUCAGUGAAGAGUUCUCUUUUCAGCGAACUCAUUUUCAAAGCUGUACAAUCUCAAAUACAUAUAAUUAUUUUAACAGGAUGAUAAUAAUACUGAUAAUAAACUUCUGUUAGGCAUGUUGACAGUGAGGUUAGAUAAACAAAGUUAUUAAAAAAUUCUUUUAAAAACAAGGAAAGUUUAAUGAUCGUUAAUGGCUUAAGUAUUCAUCAAAGGAUAGAUAGGGAAAUUAUCAUUGGGAAAGGAUAGCUCAGUAUGAUAAGAUAAAUAUUGAAAUUUAGAUUAAAUAUAAUGAGGAUGAUCGUGGAAACAAAAUGAACCAGUUGGGGGUGCAAAAUUUAAGGGAAAAUGGAGGGUGAAGCAGAUGACUGUAAAGGAAGAAGAGUAUGAAGAAAGAGAAAAAUAAAGUAUUUUAAGACAUCAGGACCAUAGUAGAAGAAGAGGUUGCACCAGUCGCUUUUGCACACAAUGUAUGGCUAAUGCAAAGAAGAUGCAGUCUAAUUGUUUUGGGGAGACUUCUACUUACCGUGUAAAUGACUUUAAACGCAGAGUAUGUCUUGUUUGAGUGACCUGUGUUCACAAGGUGCUCGAUUAUUGAGCGGCUUCCUCCUCUUUUUAGCCAUGCCAGACAAUGUUCUUUAAGGCAUUUCCUCUUAUGACAUAUAGGAUAGCUAACUUAUUAAUGUCACGAUGAAUUCGUGUAGCUUCUGCCCACAUAAAGGAUCCCAGUCAGAGAAAAGAUCCUAAAGGACCUCAGUUAUAAAUGAAUAAUGACGAAUGAUUGGAAAUGGUCAUAUCAAUUAAAAAUUGACAUUAAAGGUCUUUGUUUUGUGAAAUUUCGAUCCUUUCUACAACAUGGUCUGGAUGAUUUUACUGGUUAAAUCUACAAUACCGUUCCACUAGUCAGUAAAAGUUUUCUUCAUUACAGUUUUAACUUGUUGAAACAAUUUGUAGUUUCUGUUGUCUUGUGAUAUUAAUAUGAAUCAGUGAUGCUUUUAUACGCUUUUAAUAUGACGGUAUGGGAAGCCCAAAUUACGUUUUGAACCCAUUAUGACACUUUUUCAACAUCACUACCGUUUUAAAUUCAAUGCGAUGGUUACCAACUGUAAUAUUUUUUUACUUACGGUGUGCUAUUUUACUCACCAUAAAUCGCUGUAUUUCAAUGUGUUGGUUACUCAAGAUACAAUGUUUUUGUAUUAAACUAAUAUUAACUGUGCUCAGCAUGAUAUGCAGCAUGUGAUUUGUCAUAAGUCUGGGUGUUUUUCAUGUAUGUGAUUUCAUCCUAAUUAAUAAUAAAAAUGAAUGUGCAAUCAAUGUAUAAAUGACUAUUUUUGACUAAGGUCAUCGCUUUUCAGAGUUAAUAAAUUUUCACUUGUACC